AAGGAAGCUAUGUGAUGCUAUGUUAUACAAAUUUCCCAGCUCACUCCUUUGUAUCCCCUCGUGGUGCACUCUUUCCAACAUCAAUGUGGGGUCUCAAGUCCCAGCUCACUCAUGUGUUCCCUCGGCAGUGUACCUCCCAACAGGUUCACUCACCAUUCCACCUUCAAGAAGAGGCUUUACCGGGGAGUGGUGAGAGGAGAAGCGGCGCAUCCUCUGGGAUUCAUGACAACAGGGAAGUAGCCCCUCUUCAGAGCUUCCACCACAAACAACCUAACGUCGGCGUCCAUACUACCCUGCGGCGUACCGGGAACAAGCAAGAGAGUGGAGUCCAAUCCACGCUCCUCUUCCAAGUCCAAGUUAUCAGGCCAAUCCAACGAAACCACACCUCCAUCAGCACCACUCACACACACUCUCUGAUACCUCAGCUCCUCCACCAAACCCUCCCUCUCUCUCCCCUUCCGCACCUCAAUCCUCCCCCUCACGUAGUGCCUCUCACUCGCGUCGCUCCCCUCGAACACCAACGACGGGCACCGCAGCAGCACGAAGCGGUUGAACGGAGUUUUAAACUAAAUGAGUUAAACAUUUUAGGUUAAAAAAUAAUUCCAACCCAUAAAAA